AUGUCGCCGGCUCACUGUGGAAAGACAAAAAUGUGUAUUUCAUUUACAAGACCCCCGGGACCGCCAGGAGCCCUUGGGUAUCCCGGAUAUAAGGGAGAAAAAGGGGCCUCUGGAAAGGAAGGACCACCAGGCCCAUCGGGGCCUAUUGGGACUCCAGGCGUGGGUGGCAAAAGGGGACAUGUUGGACCUCCAGGAGUAAAUGGUGAAAAAGGGGACAAAGGGUCCGUUGGAGCUCCUGGAAUUAGAGGAGAGACUGGAACGAAGGGUCGUCAAGGACAAAAAGGAUCUCUUGGUUUAAAAGGGAACAAAGGCAUCAGAGGAUUGGUUGGUAUUCAGGGACCCAAGGGAGAAUGUGCUGUUCCACCGAAGAUCAGUGUGUAUCCAGUAUCUCAGGAAGUCUUUAUCAACGAGACAGCAAUAUUCUUCUGUUGGGUUCAAGGCCACACGUCUUCCAAAAUAACAUGGCGUAAGCUUGGAGGUACUGUAUCUGAUGCUACCGUGGAAAAUGGUUCUCUUCGAAUCAACAGCGUACAAAGGUCACAUGUGGGGUCGUAUAUGUGUUCAGCUAACACUGGUCUCGAAAGUCUAAGGGGUUUCAGCACUUUACAAGUAAAAGAGCCACCAACAUUUGUCAAGAAACUACCAUCUUUGGUCAUCGUAGAUGAAGGCUCCGUUUUAAAUCUCUGUUGUGACGCUGUGGGCUCUCCGCCUCCCAAAGUGGAGUGGUCACGUGCUGGUAACGUGCACUCCGCUGAUACAUCAUUGGCUUUCCAGGAACGAGGCUGCCUCAAAUUCAACACUGUUGAGUUCAACAGUCACGGGAAAUAUGUCUGCCGCGCAAGAAAUCGCAUCGGACUGGCAGAAACGACAACGUCAGUAGUUGUCAAAGAAAAAGAAGGUGCCUUUUGA